AUGGAACGACCCCUCAGCGGCGACCACGAGCUCGUGUUGGGAGGGUACGGCCAGGUCGCGAAGGCGCUGCGCGACGGGAUUCACCCGGACGGGAAGUACAAGAGGCCGCUCAGAGACGUCAGGCUCGGCCACGUGGUGACGAAAAUCUCGCGACCGGCGGGCGCCGCCGCCGCCGGCGGCGCGAAACGCGGCGCCGUCUGCAAGGUGUACGUGAAGAACCAAAAGAAACCGAUCGAGGCGCACGUAGUCCUCUGCACGCUCCCGCUCGGGGUGUUACAGCACGGCGACGUCGCGUUCGAGCCGAAGCUGCCGCCGUUCAAACAGAGCGCGAUCGAUAACCUGGGGAUGGGCACGGAGAACAGAGUCGCGAUGCUGUUCGACCCCGCGGACGUUUUCUGGCCCGAGGACGCGCACUUUCUGAGGCCGGUGCGCGGCAGAUACACCUUCGCGAACCUUCACGCGUUGGGUCUCACCGGCGUCCUGUGCGCGUGGGUCCGCGCGAAACACAUCGAAGAGGUCGAGGCGAUGACCGACGUCGAGGCGUUCGAAGACGUGAUGUCCACGCUGCGAUCGAUGUUCAGAGAGCGCGUCGUCCAGCCGCGAGAGUACAAGGUCACGCGGUGGUCGCAGGAUCCGUUUUCGCGAGGGAGCUACUCGUACGUCCCCGUGGGCGCUUUCAAGGUGCGUAUUCCUUACACUGGUCCCCAUACGAACGCGUUCGCGUGGUGA